CGCUUGACGGAACUGUACUUUAGUGUUGCAGCAGAUUUCACUCAUAUAUAGCUUAAGUAGUUAUUAAUAGUUUCGAUUAGUAGUUCCGAAGUUAGUAUUCAAUCGUUUCCGUGAUAAAUCCCUCUUCAGAUCGCAGUCAGUGCCUUAAAAACAACUUUAAAACAUGGCGCUCAGCGAUGCCGCGGUACAGAAACAGAUCAAACACAUGAUGGCCUUUAUUGAGCAGGAAGCCAAUGAGAAGGCAGAAGAAAUUGAUGCAAAGGCAGAAGAAGAGUUUAAUAUCGAAAAGGGACGACUGGUACAGACUCAAAGGUUGAAGAUAAUGGAGUACUAUGAGAAGAAAGAGAAACAGAUUGAACAGCAGAAGAAAAUCCAGAUGUCGAAUUUGUUGAACCAGGCAAGACUGAAGGUGCUCAAAGCCCGCGAUGACAUGAUUAAGGAUCUCCUAAAGGAUGCACAGCAACGGUUGGCCAACAUUGCCCAAGACCCAAAUCAGUACCCAGCACUGCUGGAGGGGCUGGUGUUACAGGGAUUUUAUCAGCUGCUGGAGCCCAGGGUUAUAAUCCGGUGCAGAAAGCAAGAUGUAGCGAUGGUGCAGGCUGCUGUUCAGAAAAACAUCCCUAUCUACAAAGAGGCUGUAAAGAGUAAUAUUGAGGUGCGCAUCGACGAAAACAACUUCCUGUCCCCUAACAUUUCAGGAGGUGUUGAAGUUUAUAAUGCUGAUGGCAAGAUCAAGGUGUCCAACACACUGGAAAGCAGACUAGACCUUCUAGCGGAACAGAUGAUGCCUGAGAUCAGAGUGACUCUGUUUGGUGCCAACCCAAACCGCAGGUUUAUGGAUUAAUGGACUGUUACUAACACACAUUAGUGGUAGUUGGGAGAACGGUGAAAUUCAGAAAACAUGAUGAAGUGAUGAGGAGGUCUGAUGGGCAGUUUUAUUUUUUUAAGGUCACUGUGGUUUUUCUGAAGUGUAAAACUAUUCUUGUUGCAAUUCUGGAUAUUCAAUUGGUCAUGUUCCAGCCAUUUAUUGUUGUGCUCUUUUUCUUGUGUGUUUUUGCUCUUGGAAAACAAGUCCAAAGAAAGUGUUUGAGGCUUUGGCUUUUAAGGCUUAUUUAAGGCUUAUCAUAUUUGCUCGUGUUACCUUAUAUCUCUGUGUUUUAGCGGUUUCUGUUUAAAUAUCAUGUCACCAGUAGGGAAAAUGGAUACCUGACAUCUUAUCUCAAGCUGUUUGAACAAAGAGCAAUAAGCACUCAGGAAUUCACAUUGUUUUUGCCUUGAAAGUUGUAAUCUAAACCAGCAGCCUAACAGGUUUUCCCUGGAAAAGAGAAGUCCUCAUUUAAUGUCUUAAAAACAGAUGCCUUUGUUUUUUUUUUUUCUGCAUUUUCAUUUGUAGUACAAUUGCAUAAUACUACAGAUAAAUAAAUCAAAUAUAUUUUAUUUAUAUUCUGAAGCAUUUCUGGGCCCAUUACAAUAGAAACAAAGCAUCGCUUGGUGGUUACACUUUAUCCACCGUACAGGAAAGAUAUCAAGUCGUACAUCUUACAGAGGCUUACAGAAAAUACUACAUACACCUCAAAUAUUAAAAACACGCUGCCGCCUUGUGGAAAUCAAACAUAUCAGAUGCAAAUUAGCAUCGGUUGUGGUGCACAAACAAUGUUUUGCAUAAUCAAAUGUCUCCAGACCAUGUUUUCAAAAAGACUUUAAAAUACAAAGGCUGAUGAAUAAAUUGAAUAAGCAGAGACACAUAUAUCAGUCUUGCAUAUUUAAAAUGUACAGAUUGCUUGUUGCUUAUCAAAAUUAUUCAGUAUAACAUGAAUAUGAAGCCUGUGGGGUGUUUUUUCUUUCUUUCUCAAAAAUCAGGUUUUGCCUUCCAAUGAAUCUAUAAACUGCUUGUUAUUAUUAUAAUACUGUAUUUUAAAUUGAAAGAUCUUUUAUUUUUCCGCAAUUUUACAGAAGUGCACUCAAAAUUAAACUAUUCAAGACCU